AGGAUUUGAUGGAAUCGAAUGACUCAAUCGAAUCGAGCUGUACCAGGUACAACAGUUCCUUGACCAUCGCGGAAUGCCUCUGUCAAGAUCCCAAAAACAAAACAAGCUCAAAAAUUUAGAAGAGGAAGGUUAUACGACUUGCCAACAAGAUGACAUUGUUUUCUUCUACGCCUGUCUAUGGAAGCAAUGGGAAUAUCAAAUGGUACAUGACACCUCUUUGGCUCCGCCUGAUCGCCAUUGUGGGCUACGCUGAUAUCGCACGACGAGGUGUGCAGCUGCUCCUUGCUCAUGUGGCAGGCCAUCUGUCGGCUGGAGACGAUGAUAUUGUCUCUGUUGAUUUGAGGGAGACUCUCAAUGCAGUGACAGUCUUUUUACUCGUUUAUGCGGUCGAAACCACGAUUGGGAUUCUCUUUGGAUGGGCCACAACGUACCAUUUUGGUAUCCGAUGCGUCUACGAACAUCAUCUCCCCUGUUUGAUUUGGGCGGUUUUCUUGUUCCGAUACUACUACAAUAUGUGCCAGGAAGCGACGACAAGUGAUCAGCUAAAGGAAGAAUCCAAGCGGUUGGCUGUGGAUCUUAUUCAGGCUACCAUGUGUUGUGGCUUCAUAACGCAAUUUUCCGAAGUCAUGGAUACCUCUUUUACCUUUCACAAACCACCCUUCAAGGAAUCGUCAAGGAAGAUUUACCAAAGUUUGGCGACAGCGGUAACCCUUCUCUUUGACUUUUCCAUUUUACAUGGCUUUUAUACCUACAUACCACUUCGAUGGAGUGGUCGUUUGGGCGCUGUGUCCGUGUGUGAGAUUGUAUGUUGUCUCAUGUUGUUGAUGUUGCUCGGACUGCAUUUCACAUAUAUUAACGAACUUCGGCGCAAGAUUUUUGCAAAGGGAACCACCAAGAGUGAGAAGGACAAGGCAUGAAAGACUUCUGUUUUGAAUGAAGCAGAAGGAAGCGGUCAGUCGGCACAAAAAUUGAAGUACGGUUGCCUGGAAAUACAUUUUCAACUUGCAACGCCACAGAUACAUGUACAGUACCUAUACCCAUGGCAUGUUGCAGCCAGUAGCCCUUGUUACAGAACGGUAUUAGUACCUUUAUAAAUUUAAACACGUUGUGUAUUCAA